UGAGGUGGUGUCUGUCAGGUGUCCUCACUGUAAGGUUACUCCCUUCCCCCCUUUCUGUGCUGUGCCCUUUGGAAGGAAGUUGCCACAUGGCCCACACCUAAGGGAUCAUGCUUACGCUUCCCUUCCUCCAGCACUGAGCAUCUGCGUAAUUUAUUUGGGAUUCUUCUGCCUGGGAGAUUUGUCUCUUCUCCCUCAUUUAUUUAUUUAUUCAAUCAUUUAUUUAUAUCCAUGUGGACUCUCGGCUAUCUAUCUUACACUUUGGGUUAUAAUCCAACACUUCUGGGACUUCCCUGGUGGUCCAGUGGUUAAGACUCCGUGCUUCCACUGCAGGGGGCACGGGUUCGAUCCCUGGUUGGGAAACUGAGAUCCCUCAUGCCUUGGUGCAGCCAAAAACAAAAAACAAACAAAAAAAACCCAACACUGCUUUAUUGAUUUUGUUGCUCAGCGUUCCUGCUUUGGCCACGAGGAGCUCUUUGAUUUGCCUUUGUGUCCCAUUUUCACAGUCCCAUUGACUUUGGUUCCUGCCUGACACCUCAGGGUGGUCCAGGCUCAUCGUUGAGUUUCUGGCCCCGUCUUAGAAGCAGCUGUUCAUCCCCGAGCCAGGGACCAUUUUAGGUAGGAAACAGCGGCAGAGGCCACCUGGAACAGAAUCCUGCUUGUGCUUCCUAGGAUGUUCCGUACCAGCGGGUGCCUGGGAGGACCUGGAGGGCAGGAGGGGCUUCCAGAGCUGGCUCAGGGGGGCAUCUGCCUCGUUUGCAUCAUUUUACAGGAAAGCAUAUUGAUUCAUUGGGUGAUUUUAAAGCAAGGGAUACCUCCAAGCAUACCGGUGCCCAGUGGCAUCUCCGUGACACCAGUCCUUCAUCCUUUUUUCCUCCUGGUCCCCUCCGUGUGGUUGGCUGAGCUUUGAGUGCGCCUGCAUAGGAGGUUAAAGGUAGGUUUUCUCCCGCCGUCCUGAGCAGGCCUGGAAUGGGUAAUGGUGUGAAGGAAGGCGUGGUGCGUUUGCGUGAGGAUGCUGAGCCCAUCCUGCCCGCUCAUGUGUCUUCAAAGAGUGAUCACAGGCAAGUUCUUAGCUCCCUCCUGUCAGGGGCCCUGGCUGGCGCUCUUGCCAAAACGGCGGUAGCUCCCCUGGACCGAACCAAAAUAAUCUUCCAAGUGUCCUCGAAAAGAUUUUCUGCCAAGGAGGCCUUCCGGGUCCUCUACUUCACCUACCUCAACGAAGGCUUCCUCAGCCUGUGGCGCGGAAACUCGGCCACCAUGGUGCGCGUGGUGCCCUACGCCGCCAUCCAGUUCAGCGCGCACGAGGAGUACAAGCGCCUACUGGGCAGCUACUACGGCUUCCGCGGAGAAGCCCUGCCCCCUUGGCCCCGCCUCCUCGCUGGUGCACUGGCUGGAACGACGGCCGCUUCGCUGACCUACCCCCUGGACCUGGUCAGGGCACGGAUGGCCGUGACCCCAAAGGAAAUGUAUAGCAACAUCUUUCACGUCUUCAUCCGUAUCUCCCGAGAAGAGGGGCUGAAGACCCUCUACCACGGAUUCAUUCCCACCGUGCUGGGGGUCAUUCCCUACGCCGGCCUGAGCUUCUUCACCUACGAGACACUCAAGAGCCUGCACAGAGAGUACAGUGGCCGCCUGCAGCCCUACCCCUUUGAGCGCAUGAUCUUCGGGGCCUGCGCGGGCCUCAUCGGGCAGUCGGCCUCCUACCCGCUGGACGUGGUGCGGCGGCGCAUGCAGACGGCCGGCGUCACGGGCCACCAGCGCACCUCCAUCGCGCGCACGAUGCACACCAUCAUGCGGGAGGAGGGCGUGGUGCGCGGCCUCUACAAAGGCCUGAGCAUGAACUGGCUCAAGGGUCCCAUCGCUGUGGGCAUCAGCUUUACCACCUUUGACCUCAUGCAGAUCCUGCUGCGGCACCUGCAGAGCUAGGGGCCAGUGGGGUCGGCUGCUCUCGAGCUUCAGUUCGCGGUGGACCGCUGACCCCUUCUGUUUCUGAGCCCAGCGAGCAAGGGUGCGCUGGGUUCCACCCAGGAGGUGCGCGGAUGCGCCUUGUGGAACAAGCUGGGGGGCCUGGGCUCAGUGCGCACAGGUCUGAGGGGAAAGCCAGUGGCCCUCGAAGUGCAUUGUUGGGACCGGGGGGCCGGAGCUCCCGUGCUCUCCUCUUCCCGCCUCAGCAGGGCCAGGGCUGCCCCGGGAGGUAUUACCGUGAACGCCCUGAGUGAUGAGGGGCCAGCACUGCUUCCUGGUGCGCUCUGUGUCCUUGGACAGGCCCCUGGUUCUAGUGACCUGGUCCCCCCUGGGCUCAGAGCCAGACCCCGCCUGCCCCUUGUUGUUCCGAGUCUAUGUCCGUAGUGGGGGCAGCCCCAGAGAGUGUGGGGCUGAGGCCUGGCCUCCUGCCCUGUCCCCAUGAGACCAGCCUCCUGCUCAGCUGUGGCUACAAAUGCAGCCUCUCGCCCCGCCCUGCCUGACCCGCCUUUCCUGCCUUCACCACUUCCCCCGUAACACAACUCCUUGUCUGUCCCAGUCUACAGCUUGGGCACAGCCUUCUCCUAAGAGUGUUACCCCGAUCCCAGACUCUAUCCCGGGCCCCUGGGAUUGGGUCUUCCCCUCUGUUGCGCCCCCCCCACGCCCCAGUUUGUAAUGUUCUCCGGAGGGUCACGCCUCCUCCGGGCAACAGGGUUUGAGGAAUUGCCAUGGAUUUUGGGUCUGAGCCCCAGCCUGAAGCAUCUGCCUGGGUUGCCAGGAAGCUCUCAUCCCCGCCCCACUGGCUGCACUAAUGGAGGCUGGGCCUCAGGCCCUGACCCUCUGCGCAUAGGCAUGGGGGCUCGUGGGGAGGACCCAUGGCAUCUGGCACAUCCCUGGCUCCCCACCUGAGCAGUUAUUUGGCUGGGACAUGGGGCAAUUUAAGGCCCGUGGGGUUGUCUGAUUUCCCGUGAACGGAGUACGUGGAGGCAGCUGGCCGUCUUGAUUCUCCCAAAGUGAGAGCCCGAGACAGCAUCUGGCCUGGGGGCAGGAAGCUUGGAAGAGUCAGGGUACCCCAGAGAUCUGGUCUCACAGAGGAGGCCCCCCAGGGCCCACCGGGAAUCACAGGGACUUGGAAACACCUGUUUCCUAAUGACAUUUGGAGUUUGGUUUUUUUUGGUUUGGUUUUGCAAUUUGGCUGGCCCUGGGUCUAGACACAGUAAACCCUGACCAGUCCAAUCUGGUUCCAGGACCAGGACCACCAGAGGGUCGGUUUUCACAGUGGGCUCAGUAGCCAUGAUGUGUGAAAGGGUCUGAGAGGGUAUCUUUGUUGCCACACAUGCAUUUCCAGUUGUGACUUUCAUUUCCUCCCUUUGUUCUGUCCUGUUUCUGUUUUUCUUGCCUUAGUCCCGUGGGUGUGAAGACCCCUCUUUCUGUCCUUCCUGCAUGUUUCCACCAGCCAGCCCCAGUCUUGUCCCCAGACUCUCAUUCCUGGGGGCCCAAGCAGCCUGUGAUGGCUGUCCUGUUGGGUAAGCAUCCGACCCACCUUCUCCCCCAGCCUUGCCCAGUGCUCAGGAGAGGCAGGGGCGUCCCUCACAGGGAGACAGGAUGGGAACGUGAGGGCCCCCAGGCGAGAACAGCAGGGACUGGCGGUCCACCCCAGGUGGGUGAGACCAAAUAGGUGGUUAGGCAGCACCCUCCUCUGAGCUGCAGGCUGGGCAGGAGCGGGGAGGGUCCCCCAGGGUUGCUGGCCCCAGUUUGCCUCCCCAAGGUGGCUCCCAGCCAAGCGAGCCUCGGCAGCAUCGCCCCGACCCCCCCCCCAAGCCCUGCACACAGUCGGACCUGCACCCUCGGCAGUCACCCCUCUCACUGAUUGCCUGGCCUGAUUUGGAGUUACAUUUUGACGCCAUGAAGACACUUUGUUUAUAUAUAUUGUUUAUAUAUUUUAAAGAUUUGUGACAAGAGAGUAUAUUUAAUAAAAAUUAAAAUGACUUUUUCUCCUG